GGAGGCAGUGUCGCCUCAUGAAGAUGGCAGUGAACGUAUAUUCAACGUCAGUCACCAGCGAUAACCUAAGUCGACAUGACAUGCUGGCGUGGAUCAAUGAGUCUCUGCAGUUGAAUUUGACAAAGGUCGAACAGUUGUGCUCAGGGGCUGCCUAUUGUCAGUUUAUGGACAUGCUGUUCCCUGGCUCCAUUGCCUUGAAGAAAGUGAAAUUCCAAGCUAAGCUAGAACACGAAUACAUCCAGAACUUCAAAAUACUACAAGCAGGUUUUAAGAGGAUGGGUGUUGACAAAAUAAUUCCUGUGGACAAAUUAGUAAAAGGAAAGUUUCAGGACAAUUUUGAAUUCGUUCAGUGGUUCAAGAAGUUUUUUGAUGCAAACUAUGAUGGAAAAGACUAUGACCCUGUAGCUGCCAGACAAGGUCAAGAAACUGCAGUGGCUCCCUCCCUUGUUGCUCCAGCUCUGAACAAACCGAAGAAACCUCUCAGCUCUAGCAGUGCAGCUCCACAGAGGCCCAUUGCAACACACAGAACCCCUAAGGCUGGCGCAGGUGUGGUGCGGAGGAAUCCUGGUGUGGGCAACGGGGAGGACGAAGCAGCUGAACUGCUGCAGCAGGUCAACGUAUUGAAACUCACUGUCGAAGACUUGGAGAAAGAGAGAGAUUUCUACUUUGGAAAGCUAAGAAACAUUGAAUUGAUUUGCCAGGAGAACGAGGGGGAAAACAACCCUGUACUGCAGAGGAUUGUGGACAUUCUCUAUGCCACAGAUGAAGGCUUUGUGAUACCUGACGAAGGGGGCCCCCAGGAGGAACAAGAAGAGUAUUAACAGCCUGGACCAUCAGAGCAACAUUGAAUUCUUCACUCCAAAUCAUGUGCUUAACUGUAAAAUACUCCCUUUUAUUAUUCUUAGAGGACUCACUGGUUUCUUUUCAUAAGCAAAAAGUACCUCUUCUUAAAGUGCACUUUGCAGAAGUUUCACUCCUUUUCCAAUAAGUUUGAGUUAGGAGCUUUUACCUUGUAGCAGAGCAGUAUUAACAUCUAGUUGGUUCACCUAGGGAACAAAGAGGCUGACCAUGGGGCUCCCCGAAUGGAUGGUGGUAAUGCUGAUGACUGGAGAAGGUGUUUUUAUGCGAUGUGCUGAGGUGGAGACCUCAGUAGAGAAAUGUAAAGACUGAUUUGAAUUUUAAGCUAAUGUGAAAUCUUGGCAGAGAACGUUUUAAUAAAUAAAUGCCUUAAGAGUAUUUAAAAUAUGCCUCCAUAUUUCAAAAUGUAAAAUGUAACCUGACAGGAGAUUUUAUGUGUUUGACCUUGCGUGUGGGAAGGAGGGGCCACACCUUGGAACCUGCUGUUCACAGGCCUUGCAGGGCUGCUUGAAUCUUCGUAGGCGUAACCUUGGCCCAGAAGGAAAGUUUAAAAUGUUGCUCUGUAGAGCCAUUUGGUGUCCUUGGCCAAUAGCAUCUCUGCUAAGAAGCAAGAAGUAUUGUGGCCUGAAUGAAUAGAGGGUGUGUUUCAGCCUGAAGUUGAAUAACUUGAUUUUCAUUGAACAUAUUUCUCUGACGAUUUUUCCAAUUACCCCUAAAAUUUCUAUGUAUCGUGUUUUUUUGGGAAAUAAGGUGUGUUCAGUUUUUAAAUCCAACAACUACUUUUGGGGGGCUUGCCCACAUCUCUGGGAUUUGAAUGGGGGUUGUGUCCCAUUUUACUGUCUUUUAAGUUUACAUUUAACAUGUUUCUCUUCUCUGCGCCCCUUGCCCACUGGGGACUCCUCUUUGGCUCCUUCAAGUUUGCUGCUUAGAGUGGAAGUUCAGCAGGCAGGUGAUCAUGCUGUAAGUUCUUUCUGGACGUCUGGCAAAGGGAGUGAUCAGGGCAGGCCAUCGCUACCUUGGGAUCUGCAAGGCUGGCUGUUUUUGGUACCUGCUGUCCCACAGCCCUCCCCUGUUACCGGAAUACUUUGCCAGUGCACUAAUCUCUUUGGAGAUAAAAUUCGUUAGCGUGUUCCUAAAUGUUAAUUUUCUUUUGCAGAAAAUACAGUGCCGUGUCUGAAUUAAUUAUUAAUAUUUAAAGUAUUUCAUUCCUUAAUGCUCCCUCAUUUGCUUUGCCCACAGCCUACUCAGUUUCUUUGUUUGGCAGAAUUCUGCAAAAUGUGUGUCACCCACUACUGAGAUUGUUCAACUCCUGAUGUAUUUGUAUUGAUUUGUUUCCGGUGGUAGCUUGUCCUAAAAUGUGUGUAGAAAGCAGGUAUUUUAUGAUAAAUUGUUGUGUAGUGCAUGCUAUGUGUGGAAUUCAGAGGAAAACCCAGAUUCAGUGAUUAACAAUGCCAAAAAUGCAAGUUAACUAGCCAUUGUUCAAAUAACAGUGGUGCUAUUUCUCUUUCGUGGCCUUUUAGACUUUUGUUGCCCUAAAUUCCAUUUUAUUGGGAACCAUUUUCCACCUGGUCUUUCUUGACAGGGUUUUUUUCUACUUUAAACAGUUUCUAAAUAAAAUUCUGUAUUUCAAGAGUGUCAUGUCUUCUGAAAUUUGUCUUGCCCUGGGUAUAUUCUUUUAGGUUCAAAUGACAAAGUACUGAUGCUCCUUUCUUAAAUUAGGGCUGAUCUUUUAAAAAUCCUUCACUGUUUUUUCAAAUGUGUUUAUUUCUAAGCCUGUCUUUUUUUCUCUAUUCUUCAUAUUACAUUUCUCAGCCUCCUGCUGUCUUACAUUCUCAUAUUACUAUGAGAGGUCUUUCAGAAGUACAAGGCUUGACGUGGCAGCCAUGAAGCCUUUUUAGACUGUUUCCUCCUGCGAUACACAGCAGGACCAUGGGGCGAUACUUAUUUUGGUUUGUUUUUCUUGAAAGUAUGUUUCAAAGGUACUGAACACGCUCUUAAUCUAUAAAACAAACCUGAAAUUGUCACCAUUUUUUCCUCCCUCUUAAAAUUCUGUGCCAUAAGAAGUGAAUUCAAAAGGAGACUACUGCCAUUUCCAAUAUGAAGUAAAGUUAAACGGGCAGAAGGCGGUUUUCUGUAUGAUCACCACCACAAUUAUGGACACUCUGUAUACCCAAUUUGAGGAUUUUGGCUGGUUACACCCACAUUAUUUUCUCUAGAAGUUAAUGGUAUGAGACCUUCCUUGAAAUGUUAUGCACCUUGAGAAGGAAUUUGGCACCAUGUGUGUUGGUAAUCUACAAGAAGAUGCCUCCAGGAGUUUUUGAAGAUACUGUUGAGUAAUGUCAACUGAGAAGUUACCUUGGAAGGAAUGAAGCUGACACUGUACCUCUGACCUAAGUCCAUUGACCUGGCUCUUUAGGCUAAGGCACAUAAAGUCUUGACGUGACUAACUCAGGUUAGGUCACUGGUGCGGUAAACUUAAAUAAGCUGCUUGAUUUGCUUGGCAAGUUCUGUGUUGUGUAGAGGAUAGGUAAACAAAUGGGUUUUCUGGCUGGAUUUGGAUCUAGAAUUCACUCAUGCUGGUGGUCCUCAAACCGAUGGGCUUCAGAAUCAUUUGGGGAACUUGAUUGACAUAAUGUAUUUCUAAAGUCCAUCCUCAGAAAUGCCAAGUCUGGAGAUUGAAAACUCUGCAUUUUCCUGUAUACCUCAGGUGACCCAGACUUGAUGUAGUCCUCAGACCUGUACUUUGGCCUUAGGUGUGCCCUCCAAGUCCAAGUCUGAUUCUGGGGGGAGUUAGUCCUUGCAGGUCCCUCCGAGCUUUAUGACUUUUGGGCUGAUUGACCUCUCUUUUUGUUCUGCCUGCAGAACAGGGAUGACAUGGGCUGAAGUGCCUCCCUCACUGGUUGCUUGUGGGGAUCAGAAUGAACUGACAGAAAAGAGCAACCACGACGUUAGGCAUUCCCUCCUGGGUUCUUCAGGUCCAGUCUGAAGUUCUGUUUCUAGAUCAGAAGAGCUUAGGGCAGGGGCUUUUGUAUCUUGAGAAUUCAUGAGGAUGUUCCUUAAGACAGACUUGGAGUAUUUUGUAAAAUAAGGAACAAGAGCUUUCAAUUUUUUUUUUUUUUCCAGCUUGGUGGUAUUGAUGAGUCCAGCUCCUUUCAGUUCUCAGACUAUGCUUUUCACUGUUUUUUUCCCAAGUAAAAUCAAGGUCUAAACACACAUUCCACCAUUUUCUUUUAAAGGAAAUUUCAGUGAUUCAAUAAUUCAGAUUCACUAAUUUAAAAAAUUGUGUUUUCUUCAAGAAUGUAAUAUGGUGUUGGAAAGAAAGCAGUUUUCUUUUGCUAUAACCAAGAGACUAGAGAAGUUUUGCUUUAAGGAUUGUUUUCUAAGAUUUGACUUGACCUCCUUUUGUGAUGUUUACCAUAGUCUACAAACAAUCUAGGCAUUAAGCCUGUUCAACCUCAUCAGAUUAGCUUGCCUAGUAUGUGGGUGACCCAAAUCUGACUGCUGUCAACAGAGGGGAAGUAAUUGCUUUGACCCAUGCUGAAUCUGAGCCUGUAGUCAGUGUUUGUGAAUGUCCAGUCAUUUUGCUGCGUUGGCACUGUUGGUGUUGACUUAAAAUUAGAAAUAUGUCAUAUUUUUGAAUUUACACAUUCCAUUUAUAAAAUUUGAAAUCAGAUGAGUUCAUAUUUAUUUCUGACACUUGCUGCUUUUCCUCAUAGUUUUUAUGUGUGAGGAUAUAACUAAGUGUGCAGAAUCCUGGUCUGAAAGAAAGUCUACGGAGCGCUUCUCUCCUUUUACGUUGAACUGACUAGUUAGAACCAUUAACCCACGUGACUUCAGCCAGAUUGUUAUGCAGCUGUAACUCGUGAAGGUCUGUUUCCUUUUUGGCUUAAUCUGAAUUGGAAAGUAAUGUUAUCUUAGUCCUUGGAGCACAGAAACUUUCUGUUGAGGUUGUAGUCGGGUAGCUUCAUUCAUUUGGUUAUCUAGGUAAGCAGGUCUAGCCUUAGGGUCAGAUUUCUAGGCUCCUCAAUCCAGGACUUUAAACUAUAUCUUAUAUAAUGUACUAUAAUAUACUAUAUAUAUAUAUAUACACACACACACAAACACACACACUAUAUUAUAGUAAAAUGAUACUGGGUCUUAUAUUAAUUUUUGCUCCAAAAGAUGCAUUAGAGCUGAUGGUCCAGCUAGGUCUUACUUUUGGGGAAACACGGUUGCGGUGUAGACUAUUAAAGUUAAGUCUAAGGUCAAGCAUACAAGUGGGUAGACAAUAUAUAAAGGGAGAAUGUGGCUAGAGCCCUUCUCAGACCUCUACCAAAAUAAAUGAGGGAGACUGCUGUGGUCAGGUGACCAAGGACCAGGAGUUGAGACCAAGGUCCUCCUCCAGGCCCCAUGUCCCCCGUCUGUAGAGCAUGGCUUUUCGUUGGCUCAGUGAGGCCAUGAGUGAGGGUAGUUUCCCCCAGAUCCCUUCUGGGCCAGAAAAAGUUACUUAGGUUAGUAAAAUCCAAUGAUACUGGAGCAGGAGAGAGUCAGGCAACAUUCGGGCAAGUGUUGCCUCUGGAGGCCAGUUUCAUCAGUUCAGGGACAGUUUGGUUCAAAGAAAAGCACAAUGUUUCUCAGCAUCAGCUACAUAUAUUUUACAUGAGAAAUUCUGGAAAACCUCACUGACGGUGAAAUUGUAAAGUGUAUAGCUUUUGUACUUUAAUAAAGUUUUGACUCUGAAAGAAGAGGCUUUUGACAGGAGAAGUAACAGGUGGUUCAGCAAACGUGUCUG